AAAAAACCACAUGUGUGUUGAGUUUAACUAAACAAACUUAAUGUAGAUUUACAGUACGUACUUUGGAUGAUGGUCAACGCCCGGGAUGUUCCUCUUGGGCCGCGACGUCGACAGACGAUGCAGAAAUCAUGAAAACAGAGAAAUCGAGCGUGUAUAUGUGUAAGGAGUGUCACGUAUUGCAUCGAUUGGGGUCAUGCCCAAAUUUAUCAAACUGUGGGCAUGAUUUUAUAUUGAAUGAUUGUGAUAGUUGUAUAGAAAGAAUCAGUAGUUCAUAUGGUGGCUCAGUGCAUAGGAAGGAAAGAAGUCGUCACUCGGAAGGAAAUAUUGCAGAGGGUUGAGAAUGACAUAAUUAGGAAAGGGAAAAUGUUGGAGGAGAAUGUCAUUUUGGAUACAGAGUUGAAAGAAAAAAGGACAAAAAUAAAAAUAAAAAAAUGUGAAAAGAAUAAAUUUAUAUGUCAUGUUUGUAAUAAAACCAUGCACUCAAAAGACUAUUCUGAUAGACAUUUUAACGGGGAAAAACACAAAAAGGCGGUCAAUGCAAAGGAUAUAUUAGAUUCAGAAAAGGCAUCGGACGAUGUCGAUACUGUUGCUGAUCAAGGGAAAGUUCGUACUGUGAAGGAUGGUCAAUGUCCGGAGACAUCAAACUGCGGGCAUGUUGAUUUAUUAUUGAGUGAUUGUGACAGAUGUCAAUUAAGAAUCAUAAGUGUAUACGAUGGCUCAGUGCAUAGGAAGGACGGAAAUGUCGUCACUCGGGAGGAAAUAUUGCAGAGGGUUGAGAAUGACAUUUUUAGGGAAGCGAAAAUGUUGGAGGAGAUGGUUAUUUCGGAUGCAGAGUUGCAAGAAAAAAGGACAGAAAUGAAGCACAAGACAGAAGAGGAAGGAAAGCACGCCAGUGGCAAUCAGGACGCAGAAAGAGGCUAGGAAAGGUGAGAGUUGAAUGAGUUUUUUUCUUUAGAAAUUGCUUUAACUUCAAAUCCGUUUAGUACAUUUAAAAAAAUCAUACCGUAUUUACAUAACACACAAACAUACAGAGGCAUAAAAUGAGUAUACCGCUUCUUAGAAUAAGCGUUUAUAAAUAUGCAUUACUAGAAUGCAAUAAAUGCUCUUAAAAAUCAUUCAUCAAAGGAAAAUUGACAGUUUUUGUUCUUAAAAAAUGUAUGGCGAGCAAAUCAAAAUGUUAAUUUUUCAACAUAUUUCUGCACAUUUAUCUCCUGCCACCUAUGAAAUAUGCUUUAUAAAUACAAUAACACAUUUGAUUUAAUAUUAUAUUGACACAAUUAUAUUCUUUUGAUCUAUGUUAUAGCCUAC